UUUCUCUCUCUUGUUUAUAUAUAUUUCUUUUUUUUACUCUCACAAAGCACAAUGAAGCGAACAAGGAGGAAUAAAAGUCAAAGUGCAGCAGAAACUGAAGAAGCAGUUCUGUCUAAAACAGUGUGGCAGUGGAAGGGAGAUGAAGGUCAGUGGGAGCCGUACUCUCCGUCCGCCUGCGCCUUGUUGGACUCCGCCGUCUCCGCUGGGAAAACCUCAGCGACUCUGUCUCUGGGCUCGGGGACGGACUACGAGGUCGACCUGAAGAAGAUGGUCCAGAUUAAUCCCGUCACCAAGUUCAAGAGGAAGAUUCGCUCUCAGAAAGUAAAACCAGAGGAUUUGAGUGAAGCCGGCGACUCGGCCGCCAGUAACGGGACGACAGUUCAAGUCAAAGAGGAAGAGGAGGAGACGGAGACGGAGACGAAACCUGCAGCUAAGAGGAAAAGAGGGCAGAGCAAGAGUCAGACCAAAACCAAAGAAGAAAUGAAGAGUGAAGAAGUCGUAAAGACGGUGAUCAUGAAGGGAAAAGCUCCAGUGGACACCGAAUGCAAAGCCAAACUUGGAAAGGCUCAUGUUUACUGUGAAGGAAAAGAUGUUUACGACGUGAUGAUGAACCAGACAAAUCUUCAGUUUAACAACAACAAAUUUUACCUGAUCCAGCUGCUGGAAGAAGACGGCUCCAAGUCGUACAGUGUUUGGAUGAGAUGGGGCAGAGUGGGUAAAGUGGGUCAAAACAGUCUGACGGCUUGCGGUGGAGAUCUGCUGAAAGCGAAAGAUAUCUUCAAGAAAAAAUUCUUAGACAAGACAAAAAACGACUGGGAGCACCGAGCGACUUUUGAGAAAGUGGCUGGAAAAUACGACAUGGUGUUCAUGGACUACAGCACCAAUGAAAAGGAGGAGUCGAAGACCGCGGUGGAAACUGUACAAAAGAAGAAGAAGACCUCAACACUCGAUGCAAAGAUCCAGUCUCUCCUGGAGCUCAUCUGCGACAUCAAAGCCAUGGAGGAGUGCGUGCUGGAGAUGAAGUUUGAUACCCGCAAAGCUCCUCUCGGGAAACUGACCACAGAGCAGAUCCGUGCAGGUUACGCAGCGCUGAAGAGGAUCGAAGCGUGUUUGAAGAAGAAGGGAAGCAAUAAGGAGCUGCUGGAAGCCUGCAACCAGUUUUACACUCGCAUCCCACACGACUUUGGGUUAAAAACUCCCCCGAUCAUUCACACAGAAGAUGAGCUGAAGGAAAAAAUUGCACUUUUGGAGGCGCUCAGUGACAUCCAGAUCGCAGUGAAGAUGGUCCAGUCGAGUGCAGACGGUGACGAACAUCCUCUGGACAGACAGUAUCUCUCCCUCAAGUGCAAACUGCAGCCACUAGACGCCGGCGCCAAUGAAUACAAGGUGAUAGAAAAGUAUCUGCAGACCACUCACGCUCCGACACACUGUGACUACUCCAUGUCUGUGCUGGACAUGUUCUCAGUGGACAGAGAAGGAGAGAACGACAAAUUCCUCUCAAACUUACACAGCAGGACUCUGCUGUGGCACGGUUCCCGCCUGUCUAACUGGGUCGGCAUCCUCAGUCAGGGGCUCAGAGUGGCUCCGCCUGAAGCUCCCGUCACCGGUUACAUGUUUGGUAAAGGUAUCUACUUUGCCGACAUGUCGUCAAAGAGCGCCAACUACUGCUUUGCCAACCAGCAGAACCACGUCGGACUGCUGCUGCUGUGUGAGGUCGCCCUGGGAGACAGUAACGAGCUGCUGGACGCCAACUACGAGGCCAACAAUCUGCCGGCUGGAAAACACAGCACCAAAGGAAUGGGACAGACCGGACCUGACCCCAAAAACUCUGUCACCAUGGAUGAUGGUGUGAUGGUGCCGAUGGGUCCAGGGGUGAAGACAGGCUUGGGCAAACACAACGGUUACUCCCUUCUCUACAACGAGUUUGUCGUCUACGACCCUGCACAGAUCCGCAUGAGGUACCUGCUGCGGGUCAAGUUCAACUACGCUUCGCUGUGGUGAGGCU